AUGAAGAAGCCAGGCGGAACCGAGAAGAAGAGAAUUAAACGAUCAUCAGGAUCUUCAUCCUCCACCAGGACCACCACUAGAUUCUGGUUCCGAUCCUCCACCGAGGAAGAAAGGUGUGAGGAAGGAUGCAUUUCAGUUGUUUGCCGAGAAAAUAAGGGACAACAAGGGGUUGGAAUCAACAUAGGCUGGUGUUACAAAAAAAAAAGAGUCGUAUACUUUAGAGGCAAAUAUUUUGUCAGCUUCUUAAAGAAUCACCCCGAGUGUAAAGAGAUUCUUAAAGAAGAUAAAGACCUUGACGCGGAAGAUAUUGGUAAUGUGUUGUUGGAAAGGAACGUUCUUGUCCGUUGUGAUCGUGUUACUAAAACUGUUUGUCCCGGGAAGAAAAAGCUCUCUACUUAG